UGCAAUCUUGUAUUUCCUGUUUACGGGCGGGAAGAGUGAACCUGCGCUCAGCCUGUCCUGCUUUAUAAAGCUCGUUUUCAUCGCUGCGCGCCUCCGCUUUUUUGUUGUUUUUAUAUAUAUACUUAUUUUAUUAACUGACAUCAAACGCUUCGUGUGCUCCGCCGCUCGUUUCUGUUUCGGUCUGAAGUUUGAAGCUCUGAUGGCGGAGCCCGCGGACUCCGGCGGUGGAGCUGCAGAGCGGGGCCCCGUGGCGCGAGUAACGGAGAUCCGCUGCCCCGCCGGAGCGCGUCCGAUGCGGCUGCUCGAGUGGAAGGUGAAGCCCGGGACUCUGGUGAACGUGGACUCCGUAAUCGCAGUUUGUGCGCCGGUCGCCACCGAGAGCGAGUCCCGAACGGCCGAGAGGAAGCUGAAGUCAGACCGCGCUGGAGCAGUGCGGGAGCUGUGCUGUCAGCCCGGACAGGUCCUCGCGCCCGGGAGUGUAAUAGCAAAAGUGGAAGAAUGCAGUCAUCCUGUUGUAAUGAAGGGCUUGUGUGCCGAAUGUGGCCAGGACUUAACUCAACUGCAGAGCAGGAAUGGAAAGCAGCAGGCCACCGUCUCUAUGGUGCACAGUGUUCCCGAGCUGAUGGUCAGCUCUGAGCAAGCGGAGCAGCUCGGCCGAGAGGACCAGACAAGGCUUCACAGGAACAGGAAGUUAGUGCUGAUGGUGGAUCUGGACCAAACGCUGAUCCACACCACUGAACAGCACUGCCAGCGCGUGUCCAACAAGGGAAUCUUUCAUUUCCAGCUGGGACGGGGGGAGCCUACGCUUCAUACACGACUGAGGCCUCACUGCAAAGACUUUCUAGAGAAGAUCGCCAAACUCUACGAGCUGCACGUCUUCACCUUCGGCAGCCGUUUAUACGCUCACACCAUUGCAGGUUUUUUAGACCCUGAAAAGAAGCUGUUCUCUCAUCGCAUCAUGUCUAGAGAUGAAUGCAUUGACCCCUUCUCUAAGACGGGCAACCUCAGAAAUUUGUUCCCCUGUGGAGACUCCAUGGUGUGCAUCAUAGACGACCGAGAGGACGUGUGGAAGUUCGCUCCGAAUCUCAUCGCAGUGAAGAAGUACAUCUACUUCCAGGGCACCGGGGACAUCAACGCCCCUCCGGGCUCUCGAGAGGCCCAGAUGGCCAGAAAAGGGAACCAGGCUGGGCGGCCUGGAGAGAGCUUGGAAUCGUCAGGACAGGAGGAACAGAGAAACGGACUCAGGAAAUCCAGCAAGGGCCGAAAAACUGGCCAUGAGGAGUCGUCCCCCUCUGCCACCGCCACUCAGGGAGCAUCAGCCAAUGAGAGGACUCGCCCCGCAGGGGAACGGCCCAAUGACAGCACAGAUUUAACUGACCAGUGUAAUGUGAAAGCGCAGGGGGAGGGCAGCUCAGGUGAGACUGACACCCCUAAUGCUGCUGCUGCCAAAGACCUGGAUUUUGACCUUUCGAGCGACAGCGACAGCGAGGGUAAAACAGGAUUAUCUGACAGCGAUGGUGAAGGACGGCUGGUGGAUGCUGGAAUAGCCAAACCAAGCCAAACAAAAACAGAGGAGUCUAAAAGCAAAGAGGAUGGUGGGGAAGGGGACAAACAGAGGACAGAGGGGGACGAUGUCCCAGAAACAGAUCCCGAGGAUCUCAGUGGUUUGGGCAACGGCUGUUCAGACAAGAAAGAAGUGGAAACUGAGUCUCAAAACAGUGAGCAGUCGGGCAUCACAAUGGGUGAGGAGUCUAUAGAUCACAGUAUGGAGGAUGAGGACGAUGAGGAAGAGGAAGACAUGGACCAUGACGAUCACCUGAUUCACUUGGAGGAGGUUUUGGUUCGCAUCCACAGAGAGUAUUACUCGCGCUACGAGGCCUUCCUCAGGAAAGAGAAUCCAGAGAGUCCGGACAUACGGAAGAUCAUUCCCGAACUGAAGGGCCGUACGCUGGCAGGCACCAGAGUCAUCUUCAGCGGCCUCUAUCCCACCAACUACCCAAUGGAGCGCACGAGGGAGUGGUACCACACCAAGGGACUGGGUGCCAAGCUUGGAAAGACCCUUGUGCUCGAUGCCAAAGACCCAAACCGCACCACUCACCUUAUUGCUGCACGCGCAGGUACCGAGAAAUUUCGCCAAGCUCAGGGCUGUAAACAUCUCCAUGUGGUGAAUCCUGAUUGGCUGUGGGCCUGUUUGGAGCGCUGGGAGCGAGUCGAGGAGCGACUCUUUCCUCUCAAAGAGGACUAUUACAAAUCACACAGGAGCAAUAGUCCCGCCAUGUUUCCAGACAUCCCCGGAUCCAUCCCGAAGCCUCUGUUCCAAGCCCCUCCUGUUCAGCAGAAGCUCCUGCCAGCGCCGGAAAUGCGGACAUAUGACCCCGUCACCGGCAAACUGAUCCGCCGGGGUCCUGAGGCCUCCCGUCCACCCUCUAAUCUGCACUCGUAUGGAUCGUCCAUCUCAGCCAAGGGAGAUCUGUCCAGCCGCAGGUCAGCUCAGGGGUCUCAGCGGACUGAUGAGGCUGCAGGAUCGAGUCCUAAAGAUGAACAGCCCGGACCUUCUCGCAGGGAUCGCCAGCCCAGCAUGUCUGAAAGCAUGCCGCUCUACACACUCUGCAAAGAAGACCUGGACAGCAUGGACAAAGAGGUGGAUGACAUCCUUGGGGAAGAGAGUGACAAUGAAAGUGAGGGAAAAGGGAAAGAGGAGAGGAUGGAGGUAGAGGAAGAGAAAGAUCGGCCCAACACAAGCAAGCAGAAGGCCCCAGCAUCAGAUCACGUCCCGCCACUGGCCACUGUUGUUGAGGAAGCAGCCCAAACAUCGACCAGAGAAGAAGUCUGUGUAACAGGGAAUGUGCCAAGGGCCCACAAAAGGAAACUGGAGGAGGCCAGAGAAGAUGACGCUGAUGAUGAUGAUGAUGAUGGCGGCUCCAGUAAAGACUCCAAUGAGGAGGGCAGCAGCUCGGAGGCUGAUGAGAUGGCCGCUGCGCUGGAUGCGGAGCUAAAUGAUUUCAUGUGAGCUGAUUGGACGACCAUGCAAGUGGACUAUUCUGUGUUACCUGAGACAAAACAUGUGUUCGUGUCGCUGUUAUACAGCGCAAGUGUGCGUGUGUGUGUGUGUGUGUGAGUAAAACAAAUGGGUUUACAAAGUAGAUAGAUAUGUACAAAUAGAGUUUUAGUUGGACAAUCCAACAUUUUAUUGUUAAUUGACUUACAGUACAUAGAGGUGUGGGAAGUAGAGCUUCUGUAUCUGCUGUUUUACUUAGUUUCUGUUCCAAAAUUAAUUUUUAUAUAAAUCAAAAUGAAACUAAUAUUUCAACUAAUUGGUAAUGAAUGCCAAAGAGUCUGAAGCAGGUCUGCUGCUGAGAGCUGAGAGACGUUUGGAAGUGUUUGUGGUCUUCACCAGCAGUCAAACUCUGAUGCCCGAAUGUGUCCAGUGUCGUCUCUUUCCUUUGGUUUUCUGUGUCGUUUUGUGACUGACACUGUGCUGCACCAAUCCCAGGAUACCAGCACCUUUUAGACACGCCCACAACCAUUAUCAUCAAAAAACACACAUCUGCAACACAACUGAAGAACUGCUGAGAACGUGAAAUGUAAAAUCAGUUCAUUGGUAAUAAGCUUGCAACAUAACAUCCGUUAUGGUUCAAAACUGGUUUGUUAUUAUUGUUUGCAUAUUAAAAGAAUAGUUCGCAAAAAAAUGGCUUGCAUAGAUCUGGCAUCAUUUACUCACCCUUGUGUUGAAGCAAGAAACACAAAAUGAGAUGUUAGGCAGAAUGUCUGAGCUGCUUUAUUAAUACAGUGUUAAUGCCACAGUCGAAAAUGAGCAAUUUACAAAUCCAUAAUCUACAUAAUCUGAAGCCAUAAAAUAGCUUUAGGUGAGGAAAAUACUGGAAAGUCAUUGUCUUAACAUCAUGUUUAACAUCAUGGAAUUUGGUCACAAGACAAAAUGCAUAUCAAUGCAAAAUGUAAUAGUUCAUAUGGCUUUUCAGAGCUUAGUGGUCUGAAAAAUAAUUGAUUUGUUCCUCACAUAAAGGUAAUGUAUGAAUUCAGAGCACUAGGAACGGCACACAUGACUAGCAUAGGUAACUUUUAAUGAUGCCUUUCUUGUUCUUGGGGUUUGACAUCAUAAAUCCAACUUUCUUUGUGGAUAAAAGAGCUGCUCAGACAUUCUGUACCUACAAAUUUAUACUUCUGAUCUUAAUGCUAUUAAGAUGACAUUGAAAUGCCAUUUUUACUCUGAUGUCAGCGUACAGAUAUCUUCAUUUGGCUUCAGGUGCUGAAGGUGAACACUGUGGCAAGCGUUAAAGCGGGUGUUUGUUGACUCUUAUGCCACCCUGAACCAUCACUGUACGCACUGAUCAGAUCUGGGCCUGUAGGCGUCCAGUCUAAGACCAGUUUCAUGUAUUCACUGGAUCUAGCUGGUCUUCUUCUGCCGAGCUGCUUGAACGAUGAGACGUCCAGAUCUAACUCGGUUUACAUGUUUCUCAGACGGAUUUUCUUUCACUUUCCUUGUGGUGUUGUUAUUUUCAACAAUGUUAAGUAUUUGUAUAAUCUAUUUUGUACUUGACAAAGAAAAUGCUUUUCAUUAAAUAAAGAUUUGUUUUAUAAA